AGUUGCUUAUUUGCAUAAUAUGAAACCUAAGGCUCUCAUUCACAGAGAUCUGAAGCCUCCAAAUUUAUUGUUAGUGCAAAAUGGGAAAAUUUUGAAGAUCUGUGAUUUUGGUACUGCCUGUGAUUUGAAAACUUACAUGACGAACAAUAAAGGUAGCGCAGCAUGGAUGGCACCAGAAGUAUUUGAAGGUUCCAAUUACACCGAAAAAUGUGAUGUUUUUAGUUGGGGUAUUAUUUUGUGGCAAGUUUUAAGCAGACAGAAGCCAUUUGACGAUAUAGGAAGAUCAGCUUACAGUAUAAUGUGGGCAGUUCACAUUGGCAAGAGACCACCAUUAAUAGAAAAUUGCCCGAAACCCAUUGAAUCUUUGAUGACAAGAUGCUGGGAUCAAGCACCAAAUCUAAGACCUUCUAUGAACGAAAUCGUAAGAAUUAUGAAGAUUUUAAACUCAUUCUUCACUGGAUAUGAUGAUCCAAUUAUUUAUCCAGAGGAUUCUGAUUUUGAAAGUUAUGACGAGGAUGAAGACUACUCAGGGAAUUACUCAGAUGUACCGGACACAUAUAUUGAAAGCUUAA